GAGGCAUUUGAACAAUAGUUAUUAUUGGAAUUUAAGAUUUCAACUGUUAAAUAGGGUUUAACUAUCAACAUUAUUUGCUGAGGUAAAGAAUAACACAUUACAGAUAUAUCGAUCAUUGUAAAUGCUUACAAGGAUUUCAGAAAGAUGAAUGUGUAUGUUGCUAAUGAAAUAAGAGGAAUUUGAAUUGAAAGGAACCUUUGAAAAUUUAAUAGAAUUAUUGAAUUAGAUAGAGAAGGAAAUCUAUAAAAAGGCUAGUCUAAUUUGGAGUUAAAUUCUCUAAAUUGAAAGUCAGGGUUGAAAAAGAGAAUGGUGUAUUCAAUUUUAAGAUGGUCUCAAACUGUAAAUUAAUAGUUAAUUUCUAUUGCAUAUUUAAAAUUAAUUGACUACUUAAUAUGGUAGAGUCGAUAAGUAUCAGACAUGAUUGGAAGAAAUAGAAUAUAGAUAUAGAUAUUUGAUGGCUGAAGAGAAUUUGCGAUAUAAAUAGGAAUA